GGUGUUUUUAUGCCACUAUGGAAUUUUGAAUUGAGGCCUGGAGAUGGUGAAAUGUCCUAUAAAAAGGCUCCUGAACUCCAAUGUUUUGCCACUUGAAGACACUGCUGAGCUCCGACAAUGCUACGCAAGGGUAUUACAGAGAGCUUUGGAGCUGCUAUCCAUGGCCUCGGCACCACUCAUCUGACAGAUGGUGUGAUUAACAGGAGCAAAAGGAUGAUGCUGGACAACCUGGGUGUUGGUCUGUUAGGCACCAGGACAGCUGUCUUCAACAAGGUUCUCACGUACAGCCAGAUGUUUACGUCGGAGGAGCGGAGCAGUGUUUGGGGUAAAUCAGAGAUAACUCUUCCCCCUCCUUACGCUGCAUUCGUCAACGGUGUUGCGGUCCACUCCAUGGAUUUUGACGACACUUGGCACCCCGCGACUCAUCCCUCGGGAGCCGAGCUGCCGGCCCUGCUGGCCCUGGCCGAGUCACUGCCCAGCCGGCCCUCUGGUCUGGACCUGCUGCUGGCCUUCAACGUCGGCAUCGAGGUGCAGGGCAGACUCAUGAGGUUCUCCAGAGAGGCCUACAACAUCCCAGAAAGAUUCCACCCUCCCAGUGUUGUUGGUGUGAUGGGCAGUGCUGCAGCCUCAGCUAAGCUCCUGGCUCUGUCUCCUGCACAGUGUAGUCAUGCUCUGGCUAUCGCAGCCUCCUCAGCUGGAGCUCCUUUGGCCAACGCUGCCACACAAACCAAACCUCUCCAUAUUGGAAACGCUGCUCGGAGAGGCCUGGAGGCCGCUCAGCUGGCUCAGAUGGGCUUGGAGGGGAAUCCGGCCAUUCUGGAUUUGGACAGUGGGCUUGGGGUUUACUACAAGGACUACAGUCCUUCAGCGAUGGCAGAUUUAGCUCCUGGUGACUUUAAGUGGAUUCUGGAGGAUCAGGACGUGGCCUUCAAACGCAUCCCUGCUCAUCUGGGGAUGCACUGGGUUGUGGAUGCAGCGCUGGCAGCCCGCACAACGCUCGAAAAUACAGUCGGGGACUUUGACCCGAGCCAGAUCACACAGGUCACACUUCGAGUUCCUCCGUCCAAGUACGUUGACUGCCCCUCGCCUGCCACAGAGCACCAAGCCAGGCACUCGUUCCAGUUCAACGCCUGCUCUGCCCUGCUGGACAACAAAGUGACAGUGUCAUCCUUCACUGAGGCUCAGAUUAACCGGCCUGCUCUGAAGCAGCUCCUAUCAAAAGUCAGGGUGCAGACCCCUGAAGUUAACACACCCAGCUUUGACAAGAUGUACUGUGAGGUGGAGGUGGAAACACAGGGGCAGCGCCUUAUGGCCAGAUGUGAUACCUUUUAUGGCCACUGGAGGAAGCCACUGAGUCAGAGGGACCUGGUGGAGAAGUUCAGCGUGAACGCCUCCACAGUGCUGAGCACAGAGGGAGUGGAGGGUGUGAUCGAUGUGGUAGGAAACAUCGAGAGAGUCAGAGAAAGUUCCAUCUUGAGUUCGUAUCUGAGAAUGACGAGUAGUGAACACAAGCAGUUUUACAGCUCAAGGAUGUUGUGAUUACACAGUGUCGGAUGAAGGCAGAGGACAGGGUGUGUUUAUCUGUAUGGAGCCAUUUCAUGUUUUAAACUUUCACAAGAAAUAUCACAAUAUAAAUAUUUUAUACUCAAAAUAAAGUGGACUGAAGGAGUGAAA